AUGGAGAAUAACACUAACACAACCACACGCGAGCCGUCCUGGGACGCAGUGGGCGAGCCCCGACCUGAGAGCUCCCUAGGUUGCCCUGCCUCCCUCGAUGCGCUCCUGGAAUCCCUCUCGGUCUCAGAGCCCGAGAAUAACGAGGUGUCAGUCGGCACCCCAACGCCAGCUGAAGGCCUCCAGGCUAUGCUAUCCAUGUCUGGUUUCGCUUCGCCGCCACUGUCAAAGUCCACGCACGAGCGAGUUGAUAGUUUCCUGGAACCACUCCCUCCUGCCCGCUGCGACUCACCACCACCUCCCCCACCUCGCAUCCCGGAAGCCUACACCCAGCUCCAGGAUCUCUCUGCCGCCCUGUACAAGGCGCUGAAGGACCUCACGAAGGGCUAUCGCACGUCGAUCGCCCGCGCGCGUACAACGCAAAAACGUGCCGCGAUCCGUAAGAAGUUCGACAAAAAGACCGCGACACUGCUGCACAACUUCGAACAGAAAGUCCAAGGGACGCUGUGGGAAGGAAUGGGCCCCCGCAUGCUCUCCGACCUCACCCUCAGCGCGUACCCCUCCCAAUCCUCCACGCGCCACGCGCCCAAUUCACUCUACACCCUCCGCCGCUCGCUCAUCAAAGAACUCGAUUCCCACCUUUACGCCCGCGCAACCGCCCAGCGCGCACUCGAGCAAGACCGGCUAGCCUGGGGCGAUGAAAUGAUAGCGCAGCUCAUGCAGCUCGAGGAAGAUACUAAGAGAGCGGAGCUUCUUUUUGCUGAUCGGUUUCUGGAGCUGUGGGACUUUCAGUGGAUUGCUACGGAGCAGGAGUUUCAGGCGGAGUAUGAGGCGUUUUGUGGCGAUAUGGAGAGGCUGGCGCCGAUGGGGGAGAGGUUGAGCGUGGAGUUGGAGAGGUUGGGGGAGUGUAUGGAUGAUGAUGAUGGGGAGGAGGAUGAGGGUAAUCGAGGGGGUGAAGGCAUAGAGGGGGAGCCGUGGUGGUUUAGGGAGGAGAAGUCCCACCGAUCCUCUCGUGUGCCGUACGGCGGAUACGCAGAUGGAAGAAUGACUUACCGGCCACCAGGUAUCCGUCCCCGCUCUUUCCACGACCUUCUCCUCUUCCCUCACGAGCCUAACUACCAAGGACCAACAGACCGCUUCCGGCCCCCACAACGCACAUAUACCGAAAAACAACUCUUCUUCGACGACACCAUCAGCAAACUAUUCCACGCGCUUAGAGAAGCCGAGAUCUGCUUCGCCUCGCUCCAAGACACCUUCCAAAAGGAGAUCGAGACAAUCGAGUGGUAUGCGAGCCAAGCGAUCAUAGACUCGCUUUGGGAGAUGCGGCUCGACAUGAAGAAGCCGAACCGGCCGGACCCCAAGGCCGACCACGAGGUGCACAUCCCCCACGACGUUGACGAGAAAGUAGCCAACGCGAAGCAGGUCAAGCAAGCGCGAGUCAAGCUCGAGAAGGCGCUGCAAGCUGCUGCGCAAGGAACCAAGGCUGUCGUGAGCCCGAAGCGGCGAGGUAGCAAGGCGGCGCAGGAUAAGGCAGGGAUUGAGAGGACGAUCUCUAAGUUGCAGACGAGUGGGAGCCAAUGCCUUGAUCUGCUAACGCAGUCGAAGAAGAAGUAUUCGCAGUUUAGGCCGUUGCAGGAGGAGCUCAAUUUCUUGAGGACUAUCGUGGAUGGGUGGAAGGAGUUCCAGGGUGGGGCUGAGGAGGAUGAAGGGGAAUCCGGUGGUGAGUAUGGUGAUGAUGGUAGGGAUGAUUUCUGA